UCAAAAUGGCGUGACAACACAAAAAAAAUGUCAUAUUAUUGAUGUUGUGUUGAGAGAGUUAUACAUUUCUAAUUUGUAUAAUUUUAUAAAUAUUUAUUAUGCGCAAGAAUAAUUAUUAUCAUGUUUUAUAAGAUGUUCUUAGUGCUUUUGUAGAAAACAUACGGAGUAAAACGUUGUUCAAUAACUUGUUAAAAGCAAUGAGAGGAUUCAGAAGACAAAAACCGUCCGCGUCGCCACCGCCACCGCCACGACAAUCAGCAGCCAGACAACAAAGUUCAGCAUCUGGAUAUAAUGAGAAACGUGUUUCACAAUGGGAGGACCUCAUGAGGAAGUUUUGUGAAGCACAUAAGGAGCAAUGCAAGACAGCAUCACUGGACAUGCCAAGGGCCCAUCGUUCGGUCAAGAACUUGCCAACUGGCUCACGGUACGGAGGUCAGUGGGAUGUACUCGGCAUGAGCGGUUAUGGAACCUACACAUUCCCUAAUGGAGUUAUCUACGAAGGGGAUUUCGAUGACGGGAUGUUUCACGGUAAAGGGGAACUUCAAUAUGACGACGGAGCGGUGUUAAAGGGAAAUUGGAAAAAGGGGGUAAUGGAAGAAAAGACACUCCUGUUUUCAGACAGUCUUGAAUAUAAGGAGGAGUUUUGGAAGUACUGUGUAGCACCCGAUAGGAGAUUCGCCAUAGAAUAUGAUAUAGACGUGAUGCCGGCCGGUAAGUCGUUUCUAACAGCCGAGCAGCCGACGAAGGUCAUCCCUCCGGGGUACUACGACAGCGGGGACGGGUUUUAUUGUCCCAAAACGAAGUGCGUCUACAAGUAUGAUGAUCUGUCAGCUGUUAUGAGAUCGCCGUCGAUACGUGAACAGAAGUGGAUAGUGGACAACUGUCGCGUUAGCCCCGAGGAGCCGCUUGGCCCUCGUCCGGACCUGUACGAGCGCUGGAGCGAGCCCGUGCUCAACCCCGCGCCGCCGCCGCCGCCCGCCGCCGGCGUGCGCUCCACUGUCACUACCUUCCGUCAAAUGUCCAUAUUCGACACGGAGUUUGAUCCUUCGGAUACGCACCUCAACUUCUAUGACUGUACGCGGAGGCAUUCGGACUCGGACGGAAGGUUCAUAGAAAUGCCUGCUUUUAAUUUUAAAUAUCCUAAACAUCACUCAGAUGAUUCCCGCCCUGGUAAUAUGCCAACAAAACGAAACUCUUCGACAUUAGGAUUCCAUUUAGCUAUAAGAAAGGGACAUUGAGUGACAGGAACUAAGUAGUUUAAAUAUAUCGUAUUGAUAGGAAGUAGUUUUUAACAAUUAUUUAUUAAGUACUUUUACGUUUAUCUUGUAGUCUAAUAUAGAGCUUAACAAACUGUUUGCAGUCCACGCGCGCACUGCGGAAUUUAUUCGAUGCCGUUUCUAAAGUGAGAUAUAAAUUCGAAAUCUCCUUUUUUUCUACACUGUGAUAUACGCAUUAUUUUAUUUGGAAAACCUUGUUGAAAAACACUAUUUCAGUGGUCUGUCAAUACUAUGAAUUUGACACCGCGUCAUAACGUACAAAAAACGUUUUGUACGCUAUCGAGACUACUGUUUUAUUUUAUUUUGGCAGUUUACGGAUUUUAGUAAAUUUCUCUUGUUACAGAUCGGACUUAAUCCCGCAAUGCGCGCUCACGCUUGAUGAAUUAAAAAAAAAGUUUAAAUAAAUGGUUUUCUCCGUAAAAAAAAUCUUUUGUUUG